AUGAAGAAGUUUCGUAAGGUGUUGGACGGCUUGACCACCUCCUCUCCGGGUGGCGGGACUAUGGGAUCGCCGUCGUGUGGCAGCGCCGCCGGGACCCCCACAGCGGCGCCCACCCCCAAAGAGAUCGACGUGCAAGAGACUCUCGUGUCAGAAAACUUUCAGCUGUGUAAGACGGUGCGCCAUGGUUUCCCCUACCAGCCCACUGCUUUGGCCUUUGACCCUGUGCAAAAGAUCCUGGCCAUCGGCUCCAGAUCAGGUGGUGUUCGAAUACUGGGUCGACCUGGGGUUGACUGCUUUUGUCAGCAUGAGAGCGGUGCAGCUGUUCUUCAACUACAGUUCCUCAUCAACGAGGGAGCAUUAGUCACAGCCUGCGCAGAUGACACGUUACACUUGUGGAAUCUUCGUCAGAGGCGACCUGCUAUCCUGCAUUCACUUAAGUUCAACAGAGAAAGGAUCACAUUUUGCCACCUUCCAUUUCAGAGUAAAUGGCUUUAUGUGGGGACGGAGCGUGGGAACACACAUAUCGUCAACAUCGAAUCCUUCAUUUUGUCUGGAUACGUCAUCAUGUGGAACAAAGCCAUCGAACUAUCAACUAAGACUCAUCCAGGACCUGUAGUUCACUUGAGUGACAGCCCAAAAGAUGAAGGCAAGCUUCUGGUCGGGUUUGAGAGUGGGACAAUAGUGCAGUGGGAUCUCAGGGCCAAAAAGGCUGACUUCAGGAUCUACUACGAUGAGGCCAUCCACUCAGUCAGCUGGCAUCAUGAAGGAAAGCAGUUUAUGUGCAGCCACUCAGACGGCAGCCUAACAGUAUGGAACCUCAGAAACACCUCAAAGCCUAUCCAGGUUACAUUCCCACAUGGUAAAAUACAAAAAGAUGGAAAGAAGGAAUCAUGUAAACCCAUACUGAAAGUGGAUUACAAGACUUCAAGGAACAGUGAGCCUUUUGUCAUCUUCUCUGGAGGUCUUUCAUACGACAAGGCAGGACGGCGGCCUACGUUAACCAUCAUGCACGGCAAGGCAAUCACAGUGCUCGAGAUGGACUAUCCUAUUGUUGAGUUCAUGACUCUUUGUGAGACUCCAUACAAUAACGAAGUCCAAGAUCCUUAUGCAGUGGUGGUGCUUUUAGAAAAGGAUUUAAUAGUGGUGGAUCUAACACAGAGCAACUUCCCUGUCUUUGAGAACCCCUACCCCAUGGACAUCCAUGAGUCUCCAGUUACAUGCACAGCUUAUUUUGCAGACUGCCCUCCAGACAUCAUCCCUGUUCUCUACUCCAUAGGCGUUAAACACAAGAAAACAGGCUACAGUCAAAAGGAAUGGCCAGUUAGUGGGGGAAUGUGGACGUUAGGCUCGCACACCUACCCGGAGAUCAUAAUCACUGGACAUGCAGAUGGAUCAAUCAAGUUUUGGGACGCGUCAGCAAUUACUCUUCAGAUGCUAUACAAGUUGAAGACCAACAAAGUGUUUGAAAAGCCCAAACCAAAUGAGAGUCGUGCAGCAGAACUGGUGGAUGAUGACCCCUUUGCAGUCCAGAUGGUCAGCUGGUGUCCCCAAAGUCGCAUCUUUUGUGUUGUUGGGAUCUCGGCCCACAUCAUCCUGUACCGCUUCAGCAAAUAUGAUGCCAACACUCAGAUUGUGUCUUUAGAAGUGCGACUGCAGUGUGAUCCAGAAGAUGUCAUCUCUCCAUCUGAAAAUGAAAACAAUCCCUGCUUCUCAGAGCCCCACUCAGGCUCCCACUCCCCUCAGCCCCAUCACCACCAACACCCACCGAGCCCUGGUGGCGGAACACCAGAGUCUUUCAAAGACAGCACACCCUGCCUUAAAGUGAAGGAUCGGGUGGUGCGGGUACCUCCUGGCUACCAGGCAGAACUGGUGAUCCAGCUGCCUUGGAUAGAUGGAGAACCUCCACAGCAGAUAUCAAGCUUGGACAUCAACUCCGCUUAUGGCCUUUUGGCAUUCGGGAACUGCAAUGGCCUUGCGGUGGUUGACUACUUGCAGAAAACCAUCUUGUUGUGCAUGUCCACACUGGAUCUGUACGGAGCCGCCGAUCCCUAUCAACGCCUUACCCGCUCCCCUCGCAGGAACAGACAGUCCACCUCAGGCCUUACUGAACUAUCUGACAACCAGCAGUCUGUUGACAUGGAAAGAAGCAAGUCGCCCACCUCAGAUCAUGUCAAUGGACAUUGCACUAGCCCCACCUCUCAACCCUGUUCCGCGGGGAAGCCUCGUGUCCCGAUGGGUCCCGAGGGGCCACGGCUUGCCCGCAGAGGCCCUGGCCGGCCGCCGUUCCGCAAGGCCCAGUCUGCUGCUUGCAUGGAGAUCUCUUUGCCUGUGUCCCACACUGAAGAGAGCCGUGAAAACUCCUUCAGCCGCUCACGCAGCUCCAGUGUCUCAAGCAUUGACCGGGACACCAAAGAGGCAAUCACCACAUUGCAGUUCGGGGAGUCUUUUGGGCGAAAGAGCGAUACUCUGCCCACGCCAUGUCUGUGGGUCGGGACUAGCCUUGGUGUGAUCUUGCUCAUCCCCAUGUCUAUUCCUACUGACCAGGAGGAGAGGAUGGAGGAGGCCAUCACCAUUGGUCCCUGUGGUGCAGUUCUGAUGCUAAAGGGCUCUGUGUUGCGCUUUGGCUUCUUGGACUGCAUGGGUGCACUUCUUCAAACCCCCUACGAGGUUUGGCGUGAUCUCAAUGCGCCAGAAGACCCUGACCGACCACGAAAGCGCAAGCUGGUGCACUACUCGCCCUCAUCCUCCCAGGACACCUACGGAGAUGGACAUCUGGCUAUUGUGUGCUCCGAGAGGCAGGCCAAAGUUUUCUUGAUGCCCUCACAGUCUUGCCUCUUUGUCCACAACAUCACGGAAUCGUCAUUCGUCCUGCGCUCUGAUUUGGUUUCGGUGUGUAACAGUGUGUGCCUCGCAUGCUUCUGCGCCAACGGACACGUUAUGACGCUCAGUUUGCCCAGUUUAAGACCACUGAUGGAUGUUAAUUACCUGCCUCUGACAGACAUGCGCAUUGCAAGAACCUUUUGCUUCACCAACGGGGGACAGGCACUUUAUCUCAGUUCCCCGACAGAGAUCCAGAGAAUUACAUACAGCCAGGAAAUGUAUGACAAUCUGCAGGAAAUGCUGGGAGAGCUCUUUACACCAACAGAAACACCAGAGGCCCAGAAUAGAGGCUUCUUAAAGGGCUUCUUCGGUGGCAAUGCACACACAUUCGAUAGAGAGGAGCUCUUUGGAGAGGCAGCAGCAGGUAAGGCUUCACGGAGCUUGGCCCAGCACAUCCCUGGUCAGGGAGGGGUGGAGGGCAUGAAGGUGGCAGCGAGCGGAGCAGUGGGUGAGCUAGCCAGGGCACGCAUUGCUCUAGAUGAGAGAGGCCAGAGACUUGGUGAGCUGGAAGAGAGAACAGCGCUCAUGAUGACCAGUGCAGAAAGUUUCUCCAAGCAUGCUCAUGAGCUCAUGUUGAAGUGCAAAGACAAGAAAUGGUAUCAGUUCUAA